GGGAAGCAGCCCGUGUCCGCGCAGAACCCGACUCCUGGUGUGUUUAUCUCGGCCACGUACCUUGCUGCUAUCCCCAGGCUUUCCGGAGAACAGUAGGCCGGACCCCCUCCCCUUCCUUCUCUGCGGCGUGGAAAGGUUUUUAAUUUUAUUGACUCUGCAGUAAUUUAGUAGAUUCAAGAAAUGAAUUAUGUACAGACUUUGUUUGCUAUACUGUGUACAUAAUGUACAUUUGAAAGAAAAUUUUACAUUUUAUUGAAAAUUUCUUCAGUCUCCACAGGAAGGUGAUACAAUAUUGUAAGUUCCUGGUAACAGUUGGAGCAAUGGGAGUUAAAACAUUUACUCACAGUUCUCCUACUCACAGUCAGGAGAUGUUGAGCAAGUUAAAUAUGUUGCGGAAUGAGGGACAUUUCUGUGAUGUCACAAUUCGCGUCCAAGACAAAUUGUUUAUGGCACACAAAGUCGUUCUGGCAUCUUGCAGUGAAUUUUUUAGAACAAAGCUUGUUGGAAAGCCAGAAGAAGAAGAUAAGUGUGUCUUGGACUUGCACCAUGUAACAGUAAGUGGCUUCACACCACUGUUGGAAUAUGCAUAUACAUCAACUCUUUCAAUUAAUACAGAAAAUAUUAUAGAUGUUUUGGCAGCUGCUAGUUAUAUGCAGAUGUUCACUGUUGCUAGCACCUGCUCAGAAUUUAUGAAAUCAAGCAUCUUAUGGAACAAUGCCAACAAUGUACAGCAAGAUAAACCUCAGGAGCCUACAGUUGAGAACUCUAAUAACUUGAAUUUGACUCCCCAAGAUGGCAGUGUUUCUCCAGUCUCUUCUGAGUGCAGUGUAAUGGAGAGAACAAUACCAGUUUGUAGAGAGUCACGUCGAAAACGGAAAAGCUACAUCAUGAUGUCACCUGAGAGCCCUGUUAAAAGCAGCACACAGACAACUCCUCCUCAAAUUCCCAACCCUUCUACUUCUUUUUCAGAGGCACAGUCUCAGCCUGUGGACUCUUCAUUAUCUUUUCCUUGGACAUUUCCAUUUGGGAUAGACAGACGUUAUCAAUCAGAAAAACCUAAGCAGGCAGAUAGCCCAAGGAGCUUAGAGCAACCGGGUCCAUCAGAUGUAACUCGAAGACUCACUGAUUAUCUAAGUUGUGACAGUGCAAAGGCUGCAUCUCCUCUGGCAACUGAGGAGGAUGUUCGCGUUAAAGUAGAGCGACUGAGUGAUGAAGAAGUUCAUGAAGAAGUUUCUCAGCCGGUCAGUGCUUCUCAGAGUUCUUUGAGUGAUCAACAGACUGUACCAGGAAGUGAACAAGUUCAAGAAGACCUUUUAAUUAGCCCACAGUCUUCCUCAAUAGGUUCAAUAGACGAGGGAGUUGCAGAUGGGUUGCCAUCACUUCAGGGUACUUCCAGUUCUGGUGGCCAUGCAGAUGAUGAUGAAAGGUUAGAAAAUGUUCAAUAUCCUUAUCAUCUGUAUAUAAGCCCAUCAACAAGACCCAGCACAAAUGGACCUGACAGACCAUUUCAAUGUCCUACUUGUGGAGUCAGGUUUACUCGUAUUCAGAACUUGAAACAACAUAUGCUAAUACACUCAGGCAUUAAACCCUUCCAGUGUGAUCGCUGUGGGAAAAAGUUCACUCGGGCGUAUUCCUUAAAGAUGCAUCGUCUGAAGCACGAAGGUAAACGCUGUUUCCGGUGCCAGAUAUGUAGCGCCACUUUCACUUCCUUCGGUGAAUAUAAGCACCACAUGCGAGUGUCCAGGCACAUUAUCCGCAAGCCGCGGAUUUAUGAGUGCAAAACAUGUGGCGCCAUGUUCACCAACUCUGGAAAUUUAAUCGUACAUCUGAGGAGUCUGAACCAUGAAGCGUCAGAGCUAGCAAACUACUUCCAGAGCAGUGAUUUCCUAGUUCCUGACUAUCUGAACCAAGUUCAAGAGGAGGCACUGGGGCAGUAUGAAUUAGGUGACCACAAUUUUGAAGGCGGCUCCUCUGUCCAAAUGCCAGUAAUAUCCCAAGUUUCAUCCACUCAGAACUGUGAAAGCACUUUUCCCCUGGCAGCUCUGGGUGGACUGGCAGAUAAAGAGGAGGAGGUCCCUGAGGAGCCAAAGACAAACUCUAGCAGCUCACCUGAUGAAACAGAGGAGGAUGCCCAAAAAAAAGAGCUGACUUCUAUUACAAUUGAAUAGUUCCUUCCCUUCAAUUGGAAAGUGCCUGAAUUUAUUCACUGACUUCGAUCAUAGUGGCAUAAUGCUGAAAGCUACAAGAGUGAACAUAAGUUGUUUGCAUUUUUAGGGGGAAAAACACUUGAGCCUUUAUCACUAUUGCAAGCAGAACUAUUAAAUCACUUUUUUUCGUUUUAAAAGG